AAGAAAGAGAGAGUACAAGCCACCUUACGCUAGUUCGUCAGCGACCUUCUGUCGAGACGGAGUACCGAACCUCUCCGGGGACAGGUCUUCGUGACAAUUGCGGUCAAUCAGGCUGGCAUUGUCACAAACGUGACCGCACAUUACCAGUCGGAAGAGCCUGAGACGCUCGUCGGCGAUCGAGCGGUCGAGACGUGCCUCGUCGGAGAGAGAAGCGUCGGAUCUGCGCUCGCGAUCGUCACCGAUUACCACCCGCCGACUUUCUCCACAAGCUGUAACAGCCAACGACUCGACGAAACCCGAGGCAUAAUAAAAUCAAGAUCGAGUCAAAAUCGAGCGAGAUAUUCGAGGAUCUCAUUAAGGAUAAGCGUGCAACUGCAUCGACGAAACGCCUUUGUCAGAGAGAAAAAGAGUCCCGGGGGGACCAAGUACACGACUGUGAUUCUAAAUCUAAGGCAACGAGCUAGGAAUAUUAAUCGCUGUGCUCCGUGUCGCUUCACCGCCGAGACAAGCCUGCGGAUGUUCCGGAGAAUCAAAGAAUCCCGGCCGCGAUCGAUCAAACGUUAACAUUACGUUUCGGGACUGCUUUUCGGACAGGUGGAGAAAAACGAGAGAGAACUCGCGCGAGAGGUGCUCGUGGUCGCCCGGCAUCAAUGCAUCCCAGUUGGAGACAGUUGGAAGGGUUGAUCGUGCCGGGAAAUCAACGUUGCCUCGAGACGGUGGCCCGAUAUCGUCUACAAAGUAUUUCAUGAUCGUUUACCCAUGAAAAAUACCAGCCUCGCCAUCGUCGUAAUCACGUUCCACCUGUUGUGCCCGCGACAACGUUCGGCGUCGUCGUCCGAGAAAAAGUGCCAGACUGUGAUAUUACCCCGUGUGAUAGAGAAAUCGCCUUGUGAUCCCACGUUUUACCUCAACGUUACUCAAUGUCUGCGAAUCGAUUGAACGUGCUGGUGAUCUUGAUGCUGGCCGUCGCGGUUCUUGCGACGGAAUCAGGAAAUGCACAAAUGGAUGGUUAUCCCUCUCAAUACCCUCAAAAUCCCUCAUACAAUCCUUCAUACAACCCUUCAUACUCAUACAACCCUCCGAAACAACAACCCCCCCCCGUGAAUGCGCCGCAGAAAUAUUGCGGCAAAAAGCUGUCCAAUGCUCUACAGAUAAUCUGUGAUGGCGUGUAUAAUUCCAUGUUUAAGAAGAGUGGUCAAGCGCGAGAAGAAGCGAGUGUCGACCGCAGAGAUACCUUUGACUACGUCCGCGACCAAGAAAUGGAAAUAGCCGAUUACCCAUUCGCCUACGAGUUUCCUCCGUUCCUGUCUCGAGCGAGGGCACGGGGGAUGCUGAACGGACGUUUCGCCGGCAGACGUUAUCGAAGGGAGUCGCGAGGUAUCCAUGAAGAGUGCUGCGUCAAGGCGUGCACGAUAAACGAACUGUCCAGCUAUUGCGGUCCCUAAACGCGCGUUCGGUAUCCGGUAACCCUUCGACUUCCGCUUUACUGCUCGAUCACCAUGCAAACCGAAUAAUCCCGGACACACACACACACACACACGCUCCACGCGCAUAUACCCAUACAUGUAUACACCCACGUACACAUAAAGGAAAAUACACAUACAUUCCACAUUGCGUACAAUAUAUGUUGGAAAGUUCACCGGUAAACCGCAUCAUCGCUCAUGCCGGAGACUGACUCGUGAUAAUGAUGUAUACAUUUACGUAUUUGCGAUGGAACUGAUCUUAUAACACGUAGUCGUGCGCGGAAUUGUAUCCUUUUCUUUUUGGUUUCUUACGGACGAGCGGGCAGCGGAGAGAAGACAGAGCAUAAGAGAUGCCGGAAAUUCUCCUCCUUUUUUUAAAUUAACAGCAUUUGCGAAAUAAGUUUUGCGACAGAGAAUAUUUGUUAGAAUCUUCAGUUAAAUUUCAGUCAAAUCUCAAUACUUAUUCUUAAAUUUAGAUGAUUCUUAUGAUUCUUCCUUCGCUUGUUCUGUCUUGUCUACAGCCACGAAAUAUUUGGCACAAAAAGUCUUUCCUCCCCGAGAACGUAAUUUAGUAAUUAGAAGUGGAAUCAAUUUUUUUAUAGACGCAAUGUAUAUUCGUACACUCGAAGAUGUUUAAAAAUGAUUAACGAUCUCUCCAAAAGAUGCUAAAUUACCAGAUCCUAAAUUAACCAGAAUUAAGUAAUUAUAUAUCGUUUAAAAUCGUAUGCGAUGUUUAUCAUAUUUUUUUUACGAUCGAAAAAGGCAACAUCAAUGUUCACAUUUGCGGAUCAGCCUGUGAAAAUUAAAUCGGAAGAAAAAUCGACGUUGAAAGGGAGACACCAAUCGCGAUCUCUACGCGCGUAUCUAACGCGUGAUCACAUGUAAUUACAGCGGCGAUCAUCAUGCGACACACGUGACAAAUAGAGAACGUGCACGUUGACGAUAUCACGCGACUUCUUGCUUGUCUUGUCUGACGAAAUCGAUCUUGGACGUUAAACUGUCUUCUCUUUUUUUUUUUUUUUUUUUUUCGUUUCACCAUUCAGACAGCAUCAGGCGAUAUUUCUCGUCGCGGAUAACUCGAUUCUUCGAUCUAAUUCCAUAAAAGUGCAUUGAGCAUUUGCAUCUUUUUUAUUUCGACCUCUUGAUUUGCAAAAGUUCUUUUACAUGCACUUUCGAUUAUUCUGCGUACGCGUACAUCGUUCGCGAAUGUCCCGCUCAUGUUUUGGAAAUGUGGGAAAAAUCGUUUCGACUAUCGAGAGGGAUACAGUCUCACUCGCAUGGUGAUUUUCGGCGACGAAGCACAGAAGGAACAGCUCGAUAGUUAAUUUAGUUUCUCGUAACUGUAAUUUCCUGUUUUUUUAACGCCAAAUUUGAGAUUCGUUUAACGACCGAGAGUGCGUCGACUUGCCGCGAAAUGUAACCGACUGUCGUUGAAUGAAUGUCGAAUGUACUAGGACAUUAUUAUAGCUUGCGUUAUUUUUAAUCUGCCAGAGGCUGUGACGAUUUCAAGGGGCAUCUACGACUGUACUGCAUAUGGUGAUAUUAUUCUUAUUCGUAGAACGUGUAUUCCCAACGAUUAUCCUUCGAGGAAAGGACGGGGUAGCGCGCAAGGCGAUCGGAAAGUUUACAUGCAUAUUGUAUCGCUCGGAAUAAGUAGAUAAGAUUAAUUCGACUUGACAUCUUAAGUCAAAUAUGAUUGUGCAGAAAAAUUUGAUAAUUUUGAUUGAAGAGUUCAAUGAAAAAAAAUAAAUCCAAAUGCAAAUCCAAAGUUUGCAAGUUUGUUCAUUUUGGAAAUUUUGGAUAUUGUAUCUAAAAGAGAUCAAUCGUGGACUUGGUUUCUUGUUCCAUUGAAUUCUUUUUUUAAAUUUGAUCGUCAGAUAUGGAAAAAUUGUUGUAUACAACGAUAUAAGAUAAAGAUGAGUUUACUUAGAAAUAUAAGAGAGAUGAUUCUAGGAGAACAUAAUAUUUUCAUCUUUGUAUGACAAUCAUGAAACUUCGCAGCACCGAGAAGAUCACGAAUCGCCGUCCUACCUCGAAAGACAUUUACGUUUUCGAUAAUACAAGCGUAUGUAAUAAAAAAUAAUUUUACUGAGAGAAGGUGCGAUUACGUAUACGAUAAUAUGUGACAAACGAAAAUCUGAUUUAUUUAAUGAUCGAUCUUAAAAAUAAUUUUAAUGAAAGAAAGAGAAGAAAUAUGUAUACGGUGUGACAAAUGAAAGUUCGAUUUGACGACCGAUUUUAAGUUUGAAAGAAGAAAAAUGAAUGAAUAAGCAUAUUGUCGAAGGAGAAAAAGCUGAAGUAAAUAAGUCAGGCGAGUCGAACGUUGUGAAAAACUCGCCUCUGCGAUCAUUCACUCGAAAAGUUAAUAUCGAUUCCUUUUGACCGACAAUGUUGAUUUUCUAUUAUGUAUUGAGUGAUCUCUAAAUCGCAUGCCAUUUACCUCGUCACGCAUAUCUAGCGUAAGAGCACGACUCAUUCCGAAGUAUAUACUAUUAUGCUUUAUCACCGAACUUGUUUUAGCGCUUAUCCCGAUUAACCGAAUCUCCCUUCUCUGUCCGUAUCGUAAAUAUCAAUAUUUAUCAAUUUGCGAAGGAACGGCGAACAGCCAAUCCGGAGUAAGUUGACACGGUCCGUCUCGUCGCGAUUCGCAAGGGAAGUUCGUUAACAUGCAAAUUCGAAAAAGUGAAUAUAUAUUUCGUCGAAAAAUUACGCGUCACCAAAAUCGCGAUGAUUUUUUUUUACUUAUAAUUUUUUUAAUGUAAUUAAUAUUCCUCGUAUGUUUUUAUCUUAUAGAGACAUAUAAAGAGGAAAUUCGAAAAAUUAUUUUAUCGCUGUAGAUCAUUUGAUCUCAACGAAAACUACGCAUGAAUGUAACGUAUGAAUCUUUUUCGAAUUUACAGUUCGUCGAAUUUUCUUUAUCAAUCAUAAUGUCAAUCAUAAUCUUCAUGUGCGCUCCUCGCCUAUUAGUCGCCAGAUCUCAGAUCAUUGAAUAACGCGACAAGGUGAUUAUAACCGCCAAGGUCGUAAGUUAUUGAUUAGAUGCCAAUUAUCGUAAUCGUUUAUUAUUGAUCAUCAUCGAGAUCAUUAUUAUGUUUCAUUUGCCGCGUUAGCGCCGUCAUCAUCAUUUUUAUUAUUCCUCAUUCCCGUCACCCCCGUGUCAUCGUCAUAACGAGAUGUGAUUUGUAUCGCUAACGUUGCUGCCCGAGCUUGCUUGAGCGCAUUUCGACCGCGCUUCCCGCGUUCGUCUACUUUUGCACUAUUCUUCCUCCUCUCUCGCCUUUUCGUUUAGUUUUCGGCAAUCUCCCUCGCACGGACCGUAAUGUAGCGUGAGGGUCGAGAGACGAUGAAGCGACCGAGCGAAAUCAUAUAAAUGUAUAAACGGGAAAGAAUAAAAUCUCUGACAUGGCGCACGGUAAGAUAAUCAACUGUAUCGAGCAGCCAAUAUCGGAAGGCAGAUACGUGCAAAGAAUCAAACAAUGAUGUUAGAUAGCUCCGAGUCUACCGACAGGUAUGGAGAGGGAUAUUCGGGCGGCGUAUGAUUGAUGCGAAACGAGAUAUAUGCGAAGUAUAAACGAAUAUCCGUUUCCGAUAUCCCUCCCGUAUUGUAUCUGUCGAUAGACUGUUUAUACGAUUUCAUCGUGUCCUCGGUGUCCCGACACGGCUCGGUUCGGUCCUUCAGCGCGGAGAGAGACGCGGUUAGCCCUUUUUGCUGCGGCUGCGAACGAGAGACAACUCAGACGCUCCGGCGAGAGGAGCGGCGAUAUAUACUACUACUACUACUACUACUACUACUAUUACGUAGGGCACAGGCGAUGUGAUUUGUAUAUUGAGAUGUACUUCAACUUAAACAACGGUAAAACAAUGAAAAAAAACGUUCCCAAGAAA